AUGCGGCCCUGGGCGCUGCUGCUGCUGCUGCUGGGCGCGCUCCCGCCCAGCGGAGCCGCGGCCCCGGCCCGCAAUGUGCUGCUGCUCCUGGCCGAUGACGGCGGCUUCGAAAGCGGCGCCUACAACAACUCGGCCAUCCACACGCCCAACCUGGACGCGCUGGCCCGGCGUGGUUUGGUGUUCCAGAACGCCUUCACCUCCGUGAGCAGCUGCUCCCCGAGCCGGGCCAGCAUCCUGACCGGCUUACCCCAGCACCAGAACGGGAUGUACGGGCUGCACCAGGACGUGCAUCACUUCAACUCCUUCGAUGGCGUGAGGAGCCUGCCCCAGCUGCUCAGCCACGCUGGCGUCCGGACAGGGAUAAUUGGGAAGAAGCACGUGGGGCCAGGGGCCGUGUACCCCUUUGACUUUGCCUACACUGAGGAGAACAGCUCGGUCCUGCAGGUGGGGAGAAACAUCACCCGGAUCAAGGAGCUCGUCCGGCGCUUCCUGCAGAGCCAGGACGAGAGGCCUUUCUUCCUCUAUGUUGCCUUCCACGACCCUCACCGCUGCGGGCACUCCCAGCCCCAGUAUGGGCCCUUUUGUGAGAAAUUCGGCAAUGGACAGAGCGGGAUGGGCUGGAUCCCUGACUGGAAGCCACAGAUUUACCACCCGGAGCAGGUGCAGGUCCCUCCCUUUGUCCCGGACACGCCGGCUGCCCGGGAGGACCUGGCUGCCCAGUACACGACCAUCGGGCGCAUGGACCAAGGGAUCGGGCUGGUCCUGCAGGAGCUGCGCCGCGCCGGUUUCCUCAACAGCACCCUGGUGAUCUACACCUCCGACAACGGCAUCCCCUUCCCCGGGGGCAGGACCAACCUGUACCGCUCGGGCACCGCCCAGCCGCUGCUGCUCUCCUCCCCUGAGCACCCGCAGCGCUGGGGGCAGGUCAGCCCGGCCUUCGCCUCCCUCCUGGACCUGACGCCGACCAUUCUGGACUGGUUCUCCAUCCCCUACCCUGCUUACAGCAUCUUUGGCAAGAGGCAGGUGCGGCUCACUGGAAAGUCUCUCCUGCCCGCCCUGGAGUCAGAGCAGCCCUGGGCCACCGCCUUCAUGAGCCAGAGCCAGCACGAGGUGACCAUGUACUACCCCAUGCGAGCCGUGCAGCACCGCCAGUUCCGCCUCGUCCACAACCUCAACUACAAGAUGCCCUUCCCCAUCGACCAGGACCUGUACGUGUCGCCCACCUUCCAGGACGUGCUGCAGCGCACGCGGGCGGGGCAGCCCACGCACUGGAACAGGAGCCUGCAGCAGUACUACUACCGCCCCCGCUGGGAGCUGUUCGACUGCAGCCGGGACCCUGCCGAGAGCCACAACCUGGCCCCCGAGCCGCGCUACGGCGCCGUGCUGCAGCUGCUGAGGGCACAGCUGCUGGGCUGGCAGUGGGACACCGGCGACCCCUGGGUGUGCGCCCCCGACGCUGUGCUGGAGGAGAAACUGAGCCCCCGCUGCCAGCCGCUGCACAACGAGCUGUGAGGGGCACCUGUGCCCACACAGGGCCGUGCUCCCGUGGGGCAGGGACAACACCUGUGCCCCCACAGUGCUGUGUUCCCAUGGGGCUCAGACCCCACCUGUGCCCCCAUAGUGCUCCCAUGGGGCUCAGACCCCACCUGUGCC